AUGGCGGCGGCAGACGGCGAUUGCAAGGAGCCCACUGGGGUCGACAAUGCAGGAGAGGAACAUGCUGAGAACAGGUCCGUUUGCUCCCGCAGCACCGACUCUAGCGAGUCUGGCCCCCUGAACAUCGAGUUCGGCCCAACCGUCCGGAGAAAGAUGACAUUUGUGGAGUACGAGCCGGAAUCUAACAAGGACGAUAGAUCUACUCUCCCGUCUCGUAUGAUGGGCAAAAACACUCACGGCUCCGGCUCCAUCUCCAUCUCCAUCCCCAGUUCUAACUCCUCGGAGACCAGCUCGAGUGGCAGCAACCGCUACCUAUCGCCAUCUAGAAGCCCCAGACCUGGGCCUCCACUCCGCAGGACGGAACCGCAGGAUCUCAACUCAAUCAUGGCAGCGCUCCAUGGCGCUAUGGAUACCUGCGUCGGUGUGCUUGUGAGCAGGGAGAAGACCGCCCUUCUCGAUGCUAUUGAAAAGCUAAAGGCGUUCGCCGAGGACCAAGAGGGCAAGCACACCUCGCUUGUGCAGAGCCUGGGAUACUCCGAAUCGAUGCUGGAAAAGUUGGGGGAACGCGCGGCUGAGAGCUUGGCGAAGGAGACAAGUCUGAAAAUGCAGGUCGCGUCGCUCGAGCAGGAAAAGGACGGCUACUGGGCCUGUAUGAGCGAUCUUCGGGAGGGACAGAAAGAGUCCAAGAGACAGAUCGACUACUUCCGCAUGCAGAACCUGGGGGCAGAGGCACUCGAGUCGGCAAGGCUAGAGGUCGUGGCUACCGAAAAACUGAAGGUAAGCGAGGCCGAGAAGGAGGAGAUGAAGGCGGAAAUUGAACGCCUCAGGCGAGAGAUCAAAGUGACUAAAAUUGAUCUCGACGCGGUCAAGAACCAGGGCGUGCUCGGCAGCUCCUCCCCCGGGCUUUCCUUGGCCAGCCAGAUCAUGGCUGAGAACGAAAAGUUGAAGGAGGAUGUCUACGCUCUGACCAAGGACCUCGCCGAGGUCCAAAAGGCACAUGACACACUCCUGGACGACAUCGACCAAGAGAGCCUCAACUCGGGAGGCGACGGCGAUAGCAGCGAUAUGGUCUCCUCCAAGCUGAGCCUCGUCCGUAACCGGGUCUCCCAGCUCGAGGCCGCACGCCGCGAUAUUGUACUCCGGAUGACUUACGCCCAGCUGGCCGUAAACGGCGCCGUCAGGGACGGGGAUGCCGCAAUGGAGAGGCAGAAGCGCGACGAAGAGCGCAAGCUCUCGGUCCUGGCUGACAUGCAGAAAGCCGCCCUGGAUGAGUGCACGAGUCUGCAACAGCAGGUCGAGAGCGACCUAGAGCGCAUGGAGGAUCUGGAGUCGAAUGUGAGCGACAGCAGGGCAAGGCUGGCGCGCUUGUCCCGCGGCAGCGACGCCUUCAAGACCACCGAGAAGAACAUGGUCGACCUGCGGGUCGACGUCAGGAGACUCAACACACAGUGCCUCGAGAGGCUGCAGGCGAUGGGGAAGCUCCUGGACGAGGCGGGCAGCGAGGCGCACAUCGAACUGAUGGCGGCGCACGAGUCCAUCGGGGACCUGCGCGCGCUCAACGGCAGGCUGGAGCGCGAGAACGCCGUGCUCAAGACGCGCGCGGCCCGCAACGACCCGCUGGCGCUGCGCUUCGAGCAGGACCAGAAGGAGCUCGAGGCGCGCGCGCGGGAGCUCGAGGAGGAGCACCUGGAGCGGCGGCAGGCGCUCGAGGUGCGGUACCGCGAGGGCGAGGUGCGCCUCAAGAAGUGCCAGGAGGAGCUGCUGCGGCUGCGCGAGGAGCUGGACGGCGUCCGCCGGGCCUUUGACGACACGGCGCUCAAGCUCCGCCGGAGGGAGAUGCGGGACAACGACGACGGAUCAUCGCCAGACGUCGACGACGGCAACAGCCCCUCCCCCUACGCGGACGACGACGGCCCCGACGCCCGGGACCGCGAGGUCAUGAUAGCGAUGCGCGCGGCGGUGGCGACGCGCGCGGCGGUGGUGGACGAGUUCCGGGAGCGCGUCUCCAGGCUCGAGGCCGUCAACGACGCGCUCACCGCGCUACUUGGCGACUCCGCCAACCACCAGGCCGCCGACCUCGCGGUGCCCCUCCUAGGCACGCACGAGCAGGAAUACCGCGAGCUGGAGCGGCACGUCGAGCCGCGCGGCGCUGAGGUCUUCCUGGACGUGAUGCGGCGGCGCGCCGACAUCCUCGACGGACGCGGCGCGGCGGGGCCCCUGACGAUAGGCGAGGGCCAGCUCGUGGCCACCUGGCUGGAGCUGCUGCGCGCAAAGGUGCUCUUCGGCCACAAGUACCGCGCCCGGCUCUGGGAGGCCACCUCCACCUCCACCUCCAACUCCAACACCACCACCACCACCACCGGUGAUGAUGAUGGUCAGGGCUCGUCGGCAGCGGCGCUCGCCUGGGACCCCUUCGUCGAGGCGGACGCGCUGGUGCGCCGGUUCGAGUCCGUUUACGAAGUCAUCCCCGGCCUGCCCCGCGCGGGGCUCGCGGGCCUGCGGCUGCUGCGCGCGCAGGUCGCCCUCGACUACCUGGGCGGUGAUGCGGAGCAGACGGCCAAGGCCUUUGGGGCGCUGGGCCUGAGGGCCGACGGCGGCGUCGGCCAAUGCCCCCCGUCCAGCGACGCCGCCCUGCUCCGGGCCACGCUGGGGUGGGCGAAGCGGGUCGAGCAGCUCGAGGAGCGGCGGCGGAGGUGGAGGGCCGGGGACAAGCCGGCCUGCCAGGAGCCGCGCGGCCCGUGCGGCUGCAGGCUCCGGGCUGCCUUCUGA